AUGGCUCCGCUUACCGUUUCUCCAUACUCCUCUAUGAAUAUUCAUGAUCAUCCUGAAAAGGUGAUUGAUUCUGAGGAGAGUUCCGAAUCUCUUGUUGUUCGUCCUCUUAGCACUUCUGCUGCUAAAGUGUUUGGUUACAUUGAGACGGAUACCGGUUCCUAUCAUGCUUAUUUUAACCACGAUCUUCAUACUGUCAGCGACAGCGACGAAGAUGCCCUUUCAAGUUCACCAUCCUCCUUUUCUUCUUCAGUAAAGCUCACCAGUUUCAAUACUCUGGUUGAAGAUAUAAAGGCCAUUUUAGGUCCUUCUUCUGGUAUUGACAGUGAUGACGUUGAUGUCUCAUCGAUAAUGGAAACAAUGCGUUCUUAUGACCCUCGCGAAAACUCGCAUGAAUGGGGAAAGUAUGCUCUGAGUGAUCCUUCUGCCGGAUACUCUCGCAACGGCGUAGACGAGUGCAACGAUAAGGCCAACCUUCUUAUCCUGGUUUGGAACCCAAAAAUGGGAUCCAUGAUUCACGAUCACGCCAAUGCCCAUUGUGUAAUGAAGAUUCUUAAAGGUUCGCUCGUCGAGACUCUUUACGAUUGGCCUGAGGACUAUAAAACUGAUGAAGAGUACACACAUCAUACUCUUGACGUCAAGAAGACUACUGAGCUCCGUACUGGUGACGUUGCUUACAUGUCUGACAAGCUUGGUCUUCACCGCAUGACGAAUCCAAACCCUGAUGAUGUGGCUGUUUCUCUGCACCUCUACACCCCUCCAUAUGCUGCAAAGUUUGGCUGCCAUGUUUUCAAUGAAGCUACUGGCGAAAGCACGCAUAUUCCCAUGUCUACCUUGUACUCUGAUAAGGGUGUGAUUUUAGGGACCAACGGCUGUACCUGCUAA